CCGGUUAUCCCUGUAAAGGGUUAUACCCGAUUCCCAUAAUCUCUUGCAUUUCAAAAUUUCCCCGUCAAAUAUUUACAUAAAUCAAUUUUUGCUCGAAAUUUGGACAUCUAAGGAUAUUCUGGGGAUCAUUUGGUAUCGUAAACCCUAAGAGUCGAAUGUCCACUAGCAGGGGUGACCACUCUUUUGAUGUAAAGGAGCUAUUGGAGAUUAGGGCAAGAUGUAAAGAGCUUAGGAAAGAAAAAGAUAUGCUGAGGGGUUCACAAAGUCGGAGUGUUGAACUGAUCAGAAUUUUAGAACAGCAUGUGCAGACAUUAUCUGAGGCGCGAGAAGAAGAAAAAAAUCACACCCAGAAGCUGAAAAGCGAGCUGGAGAACUGUUCCCAAGAGAUAGAUUACCUGCAGGAUCAGCUGAAUUUGAGGAAUGAAGAGGUGGAUUCUCUAAGAGAGUGUGUAUGCAGCCUUCAAUUGAAACUUGCAAACCUUGAAAACAUGGAAGAAGAGGUUACAAGGUUAAGGGAAGAGUUGGAAACAUCAAAUGCUGAACGCUUAUAUUUGUUGCAGCAGUUGGAAAACAAAGAGUUAGAUAUAGAGGGCUCAGCUUUGUGCAUAGAGAGACUAGAGGAGUCAAUAGCAUCCAUGGGUCUAGAGCAUCAAUUUGAAAUAGAGAGUAUGAAGCUUGAUUUGAUAGCCAUGGAGCAGAAUUAUAUUGAAGCUAAGAAAUCCCAGGAUGAAACAGCUCAAGAUAGUGGUAUGAUGAAUGAGCUUAUUCAUGACCUCGAACUUCAAAUUCAUGAUGCAGAGAAAGUAUUUGAAAGAGUAGAAAAGGAGAAUGUAAAUCUUAGGGAACAACUCCAGGCAUCUGAAUUGAAUGCCAAAACAUUUUCUGAAAAAGUAGAGGAGCUAUUUCGUGGUUGGAUACCGAACAAUGAUGACAGCUCCUCAAGUAAAGAAGAUGACAGUGCUUCUAGCUGCUGUGGUGACAUUUUGAGUCCACUCCUUGUCAAACUGGCUAUUUUAGGGCCAUCAGAUGUUGACUUGACUGACAAGAUGAAGGAAAUGGCAGGUCAAAUAAAGAAUUAUGAAUCACUUGUAAAGAAGCUUAAGGAAGAGCUGAGAAUGGAAAAGCUAAAAGCCAAAGAAGAAGCAGAGGAUUUAGCUCAAGAAAUGGCUGAGCUGCGAUAUCAGAUGACUGGGUUGCUGGAUGAAGAACGCAAACGUCGUGCAUGUGUGGAAAAAUUAUCUUUAGAAAGAAUAGCUGAGUUAGAAGCAGAGGUUGAAAAAGAAAGGAUGAAAUCCUUCACUGAAGAAGAUCAAAGUAAAUCCAUCACUGUUUCUAGACAUGUCAGUGAAGCAUAAAGACAGGUCAAAUGUUGUAAUUCGGAGCAUGGCUGCUGGUGGAGCGUGUGUUUAAGAACAAGUUUACAUGCAUAAGAGUGCGCUUUCUAUUUGCAGCUGGAAGACGGCUAAUGCUUGAUGAAUCAAUGUUGGCUUUCAUGUACUAAAAACUUGUUGGUUCCAGAUGAAGCGCUGGGUUAUCGGGACUGCACAGUUUAGUUUGAUUAUGGAGCUUUUACAUACAGACUCAUGCUGUACAGAUUUAUAUUUUUCUGGCUGAACGAUGGAAGUAUUCAAUGGAAAUGUUAUUUAUUUGAGCUUUUCCUUGAAAUUAUUGGGUGUUCCAGUCCAGUGUGGACACUUACUUUGUAA